AGCAACGGUGCGUGUGUCUCAUUCAUCGUUGCUUUUCUGGCACCUAGAGCAGUGUCUGGGAUGGAAUAGGGUUGCAUUUCCAUCUUCCACAGAAACUGUAUGUAUAAAAAAUGCUUUGUUGCAAAAGCACUUAACCGGUUUAUUCUAAGUGCUUUGAAGAUUCAAUCUUUUGUUCCCCUCACUCAUUUUAUUUUUCAUGGAAUUUUGCUUCUGUUUCUGAUUCAGUGUCACCCAUUCCCAGGAUCCUUCCCUGACAUCUCAGAGCUAUGGGUGAAGUUCACUUUCUGCCCAUCCCAUUUUACAAAUGAGCACACAUUGCUGUACUGCUGUGUGGCUUAUGCGAAGCUCUGUGUUGGCAAUGUAAGUCUCGAGCAUUAGUGAGGUAUCAUCCUUGUUCUUAGAGAGUUAAUGUAGUAGGAGACAGAGAUACACAGGCAACUAAUUACAAUGCAAGGCAGAAAGAAAAAGUGCUGUGCUUAAAGUAUAAACAAAAUGCUGUGGUUGCAGAGUGGAAGGAGUAAUUAAUUCAAACGGGGAGGAUCAGGAACAAGGAAGGAAAGAAGCUAAUAUUGAUUGAGGACUUAAAAGUUGCAGAAGGCAAGCCUAGUGCUUUCCCUCAGGCUCUGGCAGGAGGUUGUAUUUAAACUGAGCUGUGGGGUGUCUGGCCGCUGGGCCAUGUUGGGAAGGCAUGGGUUCAAGAAACAAGGAUACCAGGAGAAGACACCCUUCUGCUGUUCCCGUGCAACAGGGACUGGGACAGCCUUCACGUGGGAUAGUCUGGUGGAAAACUGGGUUGGUAAGGGAAAGCUGGUUUCUGUCAAAAUGAGGAGGUGCAGGGAGAAUUUUAGGCAAAGAUGAAGAAUGUCGGUAAGGAUAGGCUUCAGUGUGAGGGGAAGGCAAACUAAGGAAGGGGGAUUGGAGGAAAGGCGAGGCCCACAUGUACACUGGUGGGUAUAAAUUACAGGCUGGACCGGGGAGUCAUGUAAGCACACUUAGGAGAGCGUGUUCAGUGGGGAGAAUGAUUCAGUCCCAAGGUUCCAAAGGAAGCACAGGCCAGUGGACGCUUCUGCUGGCUCUACCCUUUCACGUGUGAGCGCUCCACGGCGCUGGCGAGUGUUGGCGGGUCCCUACAGGGAAGGGGAGCAGGUGUCCCCUAGCUCACCAGCCUUCUCUCCUGACUCAAACUGUCUUCAUCAUUGCGCGUUCGCCCACAGAGCCCGGUAUUGGAGGCGGCCUGGGGCAGGUUUUCACACAAUCAUAAUUGAUUCCCGGCAAGCAAGAAGGUAAAUUUCAGCGGAGUCAAGAGGCUAGUUAUGGAUUUUACAGUGCUGUGGAAGUUUAACCUGAAAAUUAACCACACAGUUACAAAGAAGGUUAAAGCCAUUUAAGACUUUACGAUCAAGAAUUAUUUCCCACGCCGUAAUUUUACCUAACCAAACUGUGUCGAUUGAUUAACUUCUGCGGUAAUUUAUUAGCUGCUCGUUAUACUUUCCUGUUUUGACUAAUGAAAACGUUUAGAGCUGCAUCUUGAUGGCAGCUAAGUAGGCCAGGCAGUUUGUCUAAGAAUAAUUAGAGAAUUUUGCAUUGUUAGCCAGUGGGGUACCUACCUCUCCCGGUGCAGCUUCAGAGAAUGGUUUUUCUGUUUCCUCAGCCUUCCCUCAUUAGUGUCUCUUCCUGGAUAAAGCCCAACUCUCCAGAACAUCACUAUAAAAUAUUUUACAAACAUUUAUGAGACUGAUCCAGCUGAUCCAAACUAUUAUUAGUUUUCUAAUUAGGAUGGUAAAAAGAACUAUUUUGUUCCUAUUGAGACAGCUUAGGGGAAUUUAUAAUAUUAGGGCUUAAAGACAUUUUCCUAGCUUAGGUGAAGGUCUAAAUCAGGAAAGGCCAACCUGGGGUAAACACGCCCCCCCCUUUGUCCUUCUGUGCCCAUGAUACACAUCUGUAAUCUAUAACACCACUCCUUUCCUCUGAGCCUAGAUAUGACUUCAGAAUCUUUCUGAACACAGCACAAGAAACAGCAAGAGGUUGGGAUUGGCAUGAAAGAUGAACUAGCCAGGCACCUGUUGAAUAAAACAAAAAAGUAUAGAAAUAGUUGAAGGCAGCUGAAAAGAGGUGAAGCCAUUAUGAGUUACCAGAAUGCACUUGAGUUGAACAAGGGGCCACAGCUGGGGUCAAAGAGCCCCAGGGGAACAGGAAGUGUGGCCACAGAUGAAGACCACCAGCCUGCCCUGCUUGAAAACCAGCUCUGUGUGGGCGACUUUCUCAAAAUACAGAGUGCUUUUGAGCCCUCAGAACCAUGUCAAACUAUUUGCAUGUCCAGAGAAGAGUUUAUGCAAAGAAUGACAGAGAUUGUUGGUUGGGGCACAAAGGAAGAAUAUGGGGAGUUCUUUGACAAAGUGGAUGUGGCCCAAGAUGGCUUCAUUAACUGGGACAAGUUGACUUCAUUUAUGCUGUUAGCACUUCAUGAGAACGAUGAACGAGCAAAGGCAACUGUGGUUCCCCAGUGGAAAGACCUUGAACUCCUUCCAACGAAACACAAGGACAUCAUUCAAAAAGUAAUUUUCUUAAAAAGUUCAAGUCGUUAUCUGACCAUCAGUAAAGAAGGUUUAUUAGGAAUCUGGGGAGAGAAUUUAAAGCUCCAAGAAACAUUUCCCAUCACUUCAGAUGCCACCAAGCUUAAACACCUGUGGGUGACAAGUAUGGUUUCUCUGGAAAAUAUAAACAAGAUAGCAGUGGCUUUUACGAGUAAAGAGAUUUGUUUCUAUGAUCUGCUGUCCAAAGGAGAAUUUCCUUGUCAAUAUAAACUCCAAGGCCUGAAGGGAACACCGAUUUGUAUGGAAUAUUGGUAUGACGUCCUUGAUGCCAAUGAAUCGAUUCUUUCUUUUGGGGACAUAACUGGAAAGGUUCAAGCAAUUGUUUUCACGACGGCCUUGAUUUCCCUGUUUGAGCGUCCUGCUAAUGCACAUGAAGACGAAGAAGCCACUGUGACUAUUAACUGGGCAGAGCUGCUCUCUGGAUAUCACAAAUGUUGCUAUAUAUUACAGCAUAAUCUUCAUCAUGGAGAUUGGGUCAGGCAAGUUACUUACAGUGCAUCUUUAGAUGCUAUCAUUUCCAGUACAACCAACAAUACAAACACUGUGGUGCUGGCUUGGAGAGAGAAAUCAAAAAAGCCUCUUAAAAUGACAUCCUUCAAUGUUGCCGAGGGCAUUCAUGCUUUUGAUUACCACUCUCGGCUCAAUUUAAUUGCAACUGCUGGCAUCAACAAUAAAGUUUGCCUUUGGAACCCCUAUGUUGUCUCUAAACCGGUUGGUGUCCUCUGGGGUCACUCAGCCAGUGUAAUAGCUGUCCAAUUCUUUGCUGCAAGAAAACAACUUUUCAGCUUCUCCAAAGAUAAAGUUUUGAGACUCUGGGAUAUUCAGCACCAGCUGCCCAUCCAGAGGAUAGCUUGUUCUUUCUCCAAAAGUCAGGACUUCAGAUGUCUCUUCCACUUUGAUGAAGCCCACGGACGACUUUUCAUCUCAUUUAAUAACCAGCUCGGAUUGUUGGCAAUGGAAAGCGAGGCCGGCAAGAGGGUGAAGAGUCACAAGAAAGCAGUCACUUGUGUUCUUUACAAUUCAGUCUUGAAGCAGGUAAUCAGCUGUGAUGAGGGGUCUACUGUUGCCUUCUGGAUGAUAGACACUGGGCAGAAAAUCAAACAGUUUACUGGUUGCCAUGGCAAUGCAGAAAUCAGCACUAUGGCCCUUGAUGCAAAUGAGACACGGCUUUUGACUGGCAGCACAGAUGGGACCGUAAAGGUAUGGGACUUCAAUGGAUACUGUCACCACACCCUAAAUGUUGGGCAAGAGGGAGCUGUGGAUAUUUCACAGAUUCUGGUUCUUAAGGAGACAAUACUGGUUACAGGCUGGGAGAGGGCUAUUACUGUGUUCCGUCUACAAAACUUCAAUCAAUAUUUCAUCCAGCCUGAGAAAUGGAAAGGUGGAAUACAGCACUGUGAUGAUAUCUUGUGUGCUGCAUUUUUACCUCCACAAACUCUUGUUACAGGAAGCUAUGAUGGAGAAAUUAUUCUGUGGAACAACAACACAGAAAACGCUCACUACGUCCUUCACCCUGAUUACCAGAGGCUGCUAAAAUCAAAAUGGGAUACAGAGCCUCAGAAGCUUCUCAGUGCUGGGAGGAGCCACUCUGCCUGCCCCAGUGAAAACCAGGCUACCCUGGGACCCUGCUCCUUUGAGACAAACACCACAUACAAUAAUGCUGUUGUGAGGCUUUGCAUCCUUGAAGCAAGAAAAAACACUGCAGAGACAGGAGGAGCUAACCUGGUCUCAUGUGGAGGUUCUGGCUAUGUCAGGUUCUGGGACACAUUUAAGAAGCAACUUCUGGCUGAAUUUUUGGCUCAUGGUGGAGUUGGAUCCAUUAUUAUGUCUACUGAUAAGUCAAACCAAUACCUUGCCACAGGAGAUCUGGAUGGACAGUUGAAAAUCUGGAAUAUAGAGGAGUACUGUCUUAAUUCCAGUAAGAGCAAAAUCACACAGGCCCCAACUCUGAUAAGAUCAUUCCGACCUCAUGAAGCCCGGAUAAGUUCCUUAGAGAUGUGUAAGCCGGGCGGCCACCUACUGAUUAUCUCCUCCUCUGCAGACUGCAGCAUUUGUGUGACUGACGUCUUCGGUGCUCCUGUCUGGAUCUUUGGUCAGGAAAAGCACUGGCAAAUUGAAAACAGUUUUUCCCUUCCUAAAAGGGAUACUAAUGUAAUGAAAAGUGAGAGUCAAGAAGAAAGCGUAAGAGAAAUUCCUUUACUUUCUAAGGAGGAAUCAUGUUUAGACCUACCAGAACGUUCUCUACUUGAUAAGAAAAACAAAGAUGGCUCCACAUACAAUGUCAGACCAUCAGAAGUCAUAAAUUUAGGUAUAAAAUAUAAGGAAAGAAAUAUCUUGAAGAAAAAAACACAUAACCUUUACAAGGGAGAAUUUAUACAAAAAUCAUCCAGUGCAUUCAGGUCAUUAAGCAUCGGAGCCCUGAAAGAGCUGCCUGAAGUGACGAAACCAGCUUUUCUUUGGGACCCGGAGAAAUAUUUCCGGGAAGAGCCAAAGGAGGAGUGUUCCCAAAUUCCAGAGCCUCCAUUGCUCUCCGAAACUUUGAACGCUGUAUUUGAUGAGAAAAACCUGUUCCCCAAAGAAAUUCUGGAUCGUGAACGAAGAGCCAAGCAAUUAUAUCAAGAAACAAGUAGUGAAGUGAAGAUUAAAAGAAAUAAGAAGCAAUUAUAAUUGAAACAAAAAUAAAUAUUUCAU